GAGCAACAGCAAAAAUCACCCCGCCCACAGACGACCAGAAGCAAGCGGAUUGUGUUGUGCAUGCACCGACGACACCGACCGAAGCCAUGUCGUCUCCAAUGCCAGUGUAUGAGCCUGGCGACCCCCUGCCGCCAAGAUGGGAGGCUCGCAAGCACACCGAUGGCCGUUGGUUCUUCAUCAACCACGCCAACCGCACAACCCAAUGGUCUCCGCCGACCCCUGAGCAGUGGCGUGAAGCGCAGGCUGCAGAGCGCGGCAGCAACCCGCGCGCAUCCACGUCGCCCCGCCUGGAGGAGACGGGCUUCACCCAACAGACGUCGACGCUCUCGGACCACCAGAAGCACUCCAUGCAGCGCCGGUUUCGCCAGCAGUACCCGUCCAUCGACGCCACUGUUGUUGACAGCGUCUUGCAGGCGGUCAACUUUGACGAAGGUGUUGCGACAACUGUCCUGAACGACAUGACGACCACGAUGGAGGAGAGCGAGACGAGUGAGGAUGACUGGGGCGACGCGAGUGCCAGCGAAGAAGACGACAAUGGUGACACCACCAACGCCAACGCCACCACCGCAGCAACCACCAUCACCACGUCGGCAUAUCGGUCGAGUGCAUACCAGCACCGCUCUACCUCCUCACGGCGCCAACAGCAGCAGCAGCAGCGGCGGCAGCGGUCAGUGGGGGCGCACACGUCUGUGCUCGAUGCACUUCGCAGCCGCUACGCAGCCCAGCCUUCAUCAUCAUCACCAUCGUCAUCAUCGUCGUCAUCCCGGGCGCACGCGAGCACACGGGCGGCGGUGGCGUGGAGUGGAAGCGCAGCCACCAGAAGGCACUCAGCCACCGCCGAGACAACCGCACCAGCCACAACGUCGGCGUGGGAGGAUAUGCUUGGACGUGCGGGCGUGACGGUGGAGAGCACACCAAGCACCAACACAACGGAUACCGCGGGCACAAGUGAUCUUGGCUUUGGUGUGGGCACUGGCACUGGCUUCGGCAACGACACAGGAACUGGGUUUGGCACUGGCUUUGAUGUCGGCAGUGGCAGCGGUGGCAGCGGCGGUGGAGGCAAUGGGAUUGAGGUGCCGUCGUUCGAUGCGUUUGCAAGCGACAUGGCAGCGAUGGCAGACCUGUUUGCCAACGAGAUUGCUGAGGAGGAGCGCACCAGCAUGUUUGGGUCCGCCACGGGCACCCGCGCACGUGUGCACGACUACGGUGGCUUUGACACCGACACGGAUGCUGAUGUUGAUGUUGAUCUUGGUCUGGAUGUGGAUCUCGGGUUUGGCGGCGGGUUUGAGGCGCCUGGCAGCGGUGGUGUUGGCGUUGGUGGCGCCAGCACGACGCAGGCACGUGAGCGCACACGUGCACAGGGCUCAGCAGCACACCGCUACCGCCAGCAACAGCACCAGGGGCAGCGGCAGCAGCGGGUUGGUGGUGGUGUUGCGAACGGCCCGAAUCCUGCGUUCCGUAAGGGCGCCGACGCCUCGCUGCUCCUCUCCCGUGUCGUUCAGCCAAGGGGUCCUGACCCGUCCCUGCGCGUGCAUCGUGGUGGCGGAUCGCUCGCCCGUGGUCGCGACCUCUCCCUCGCUCGUGGCGCAAACCCACGCCUCGUUGCCGGACCAGCUGCCAUGUUCCGAUGAUGUGACGUGGCAACAUGCACCCGUGCGUGGAGCGUGCAUUUGCGUUCUCUUGCUUGCAUGUGGGACUUGUUUUCUGACUGUCUUGCUCUUCUUCGUCUUUGCCUUGUCUCGAGUCCAUGUUUGCAUGCUUUCUUUCCUGCCUGCUGCUUGCUUGCUUGCUUUCUUCAUUGUGCCAUUGCCAAUACAACAUGUGGUCCUUA